AUGCAAGUCACCCUGAUCAGCUCCUCCUGCAUUGACUUGCCUGCUUAUUUCUCUUGCACAGAGUACGGCACUGUUCUUGAGCUGAGAAUCAACAGUGGCGGAAAGCUGCCUAACUUUGGAUUCGUGGUAUUUGAUGAUGCUGAGCCCGUGCAGAAGAUCCUCAGCAAUCGGCCUGUUAAACUGCGAGGAGACGUUCGGCUGAAUGUAGAGGAAAAGAAGACCCGCUCGGCCCGUGAAGGUGACAGGCGGGACAUCCGCCCCAGAGGCCCGGGGGGACCACGCGACAGGGUAGGCGGGUCAAGGGGACCGCCCGCCCGUGGAGGCAUGGCUCAAAAACCCAGUUUUGGAGCCGGUCGAGGCGCAGGACCUAGCGAGGGGCGUUACGCAGGACCACGUCAGUGAGGCAGCUCCCACGUCAUUCACUGCUGAUGCAAGUCACCCUGGUUAACAACACAGACGGCUUCCCUGUUCUCUGUCUUCAUCCCUCACUCCAGGACCCAGGAGUGUGAUUAUUCUUCUUUAUCUGGACUCUUCCUUUUAUUUCUGAGAUUGAACUUGAAUUUGUUGUAGAAAAACAAAACUACUUGAAUUGGGGAAAGGAGAAACCUAGCAUUUGGUUUUAGCGUUCUCUCCCUGUUUCUUAAAGGAACGUGUUUUUACUGCUUGGGCAAUCCUGUGUAUUGCUAGCACCCGCUUUCAGGUCAAGUGCAAGUAUGAUUUUAUUUGGAAUUGAUGCCAAGUCAAAUCAUGGUUGUGUGUGAAUGACUAUCUAGCAUGUAAAGAAUCCUGUUUGCCUUCUACUGUUGCACUUCAUCAAGAAUGACAACAUAUUUUAACAACUCUGUUGAGAGAACAAAAUAAACUCUAUGUACUAUUUUGAA